AAAAAUACACUUUAAUUAAACAAGAAAUAAAAAAAGAGGUACUAAUAAAUAGGGAUACUACGAGUAGUAAUAAAAAAGUUUGGGAGAUAGAGGAAAGGGUAAACUCAUCUUUCUUGUCUGUCUGACCCAGGGCGAGCUACAGAGCCGAGGCCAAAGCAGAAGAAAAGCAAAUAGCAUGUAUUAGUCAGGAAAUAUGGAUGCAAUGGCUGAAGAACAAAUAGAUUUCGGAGAUGAGGAGUAUGGAGGGGCACAAAAGACACAGUAUCAAGGUAGUGGAGCCAUACCUGCUCUUGCAGAUGAAGAGAUAAUUGGGGAGGAUGAUGAAUAUGAUGAUCUCUAUAAUGAUGUUAAUGUUGGGGAAGGUUUUCUUCAGUUGCAACAAUCUGAAGCUCCACCGCAACCGGGUGGCAUGGGCAGUACUGGACUUCAAGCUCAUAAAAAUGAGGCUCCUGAAUCAAGAGGUGAAGCUGGGGGUUCACAAGGGCCAAACAUCCCCGGAAUUUCAGUUCAUGGGAAGUACCCCAAUGUUAGUGGCCGAUUUCCUGAGCAGGAGGGACAACCAGCUGUUAACAGACCAGAGAGAGGAUCCGGGAGUUAUCCAUCCGGGUCUACUAAUUCACAAAGGGGCAGUGUUAUGGACGUGACUGUUGAUACCCAAGUUAAAAAUAUGGGUUUUCAAGUAUUAACUUCAGCAUCCCAGAAGGUUGGGGUUGAUCCUUCUGGUGUGCCUCAAAAGAUUGCCAAUGACCCUGCUCAAUCUCUAAAUUCAGGUACUGGUGGUCCUCAAGGUGCUUCACAGGUUGCACCUAAUCUAACGGGUAUGAAUGUCAAUCAUCCUGUGAUGAAUGAAAAUCAGGUUCGGCCAUCUAUGGAGAAUGGUCCAACCACGCUGUUUGUUGGAGAGUUACAUUGGUGGACAACUGAUGCUGAGCUUGAGACCGUUUUAUCUCAAUAUGGAAGGGUGAAGGAGAUUAAGUUCUUUGAUGAGAGAGCUAGUGGUAAAUCAAAAGGGUAUUGUCAAGUUGAGUUCUAUGAUUCAGCAUCUGCGGCUGCAUGCAAUGAGGGAAUGAAUGGUUGUAUCUUCAAUGGGCGAGCUUGUGUUGUGACUUUUGCUUCACCACAGACAUUGAAGCAGAUGGGAGCUUCUCAUAUGAACAAAAACCAGGGCCAGCCACAAGCACAGCCUCAAGGAAGGAGGCCAAAUGAUGGUUUUGGGAGAGGUGGUAAUAUGAAUUACCAAAGUGGGGAUGGAGGAAGGAACUAUGGAAGGGGUGGCUGGGGAAGGGGUGGUCAAGGAGUAGUCAACCGAGCUGGGGGUGGAGGACCAAUAAGAGGAAGGGGAGCUAUAGGUGUAAAGAACAUGGUUGGGAGUUCUCCUGGAGUUGGAAAUGGUGCUAAUGGUGCAGGGGCCUAUGGACAAGGACCAGCAGGUCCUGCAUUUGGUGGUCCUGCUGGUGGAAUGAUGCAUCCACAGGGCAUGAUGGGUGUUGGGUUUGAUCCAACAUAUAUGGGUCGAGGAGGUGGUUAUGGAGGUUUUCCAGGACCUGGUUUUCCUGGCAUGCUUCCUUCAUUUCCAGCUGUUAAUACAAUGGGACUUGCUGGUGUAGCUCCUCAUGUCAAUCCUGCUUUCUUUGCCCGUGGAAUGGCACCUAAUGGGAUGGGAAUGAUGGGCUCAUCUGGAAUGGAUGGACCUCACACGGGACUGUGGACUGACACAAGCAUGGGUGGGUGGGGAGGAGAUGAACAUGGUCAUAGGACUAGAGAGUCUAGUUAUGGUGGUGAAGAUGGUGCUUCAGAGUAUGGGUACGGGGAUGCGAAUCAUGAAAAAGGAAGAUCGAGCGGUGCCUCUCGGGAAAAAGAGCGGGUUUCUGAUCGUGAGUGGUCUGGCAACUCUGAUAGGAGGCAUCGUGAUGAGAAGGAACGGGAUUGGGACAGGUCUGAGAGGGAGCAUAGGGAACACCGUUAUAGGGAAGAGAAAGACAGCUACAGAGAGCAUCGACAUCGAGAACGUGACUUGGAUUAUGAUGAUGACUGGGAUAGAGGACAAUCUUCUUCAAGAUCUCGGACCAGGUCCCAUGCAAUGCCAGAAGAAGAGCGCAGGUCUCGAUCGAGGGAUGUGGAUUAUGGGAAGAAGAGACGCUUACCAUCAGAGUGACAAAAUAUGCUGUUGCAUGCUUCUUUACUGUUUCUUAUGAAACCUUUAAUUAAGUUUUCACUCUCAGUUUCUCUCCCCUUGGUUGCCAUAAUCAUUUCAGCAUUCUCUAUGAUGAUCCUUGGUCCAUGUGCAGAGUGUGGCUUCUUAAGGGAAGAAGUAAGUGCUACUUAUAUGGGUGGUGGGAAAGAAUAGACUCCCUUUUCCUUUCUUACUGCAUUCUAAAGAACAAAUAUUAGAUGAAACACUUAAUAUUUGUUUGUUGGAACUUGGAAAACAUAGUAUUUUAUUCAAUGUGGAUAUUCUUUGUGGGGUUGGAAUCCUAACAUCCUACAAGCUGAAUAUCAACAUUGGUUUUAUAAUUAUCUGCCAAACUCUAUAUUCAGGGGAAUGCUUUCUUGGCAUGUGAUCAUGAUACUUAGAAAAUCUUCUUGUUCAUAUGAUUGUUGGGAUUUAUACAUUAGAAAUCUUGUUGUUAUAUGUUUGUGAUCUUGGUUGAUAAGAAAUCUUUAUAGCUUGUUAUCUUUUCGUACAUCUUUUUAUGGGGGUUAGAAAUGGGCAGGUUUGAAGGUCAGGAAGUUUGCUUGGCUUGAACCUUUAGACAUUGCUAGAUGAUGAAUAGGAUGGUGUGAGAAUGAAAAUCAUCUCUUUUUUUUUCUCACUCUUAUCUUGCUGCUUCAAUCUUGUAUUAUGAUGUUCUCUGGCUGCUUUCUUCCUUGCUUUGUUUUUUACUUCUUCUUUUUCUAUAUGCAUACACCACUUGCUUUUCAAUUGAGGAUCACUUUUAUAUUUUAAUAAUGCAUUUAGCUGAAUAUCAUGAUACAUGUCAUACAUUAUCAAAAUCAUUGUAUGAUUUUUCCUUUACCUCUUUCAAAUGUUUGAAACUUGACUUUUGAUAGGUUGUGCUAUAUGUUAGAGAGUGUUACUUCUUUCCUAUACCUGAGUCAUUCGGUUGACUUUACCUCCAUCUACUAUCUUUUUUUUUUUUUUGUUAAUCCUACAAUUCAAAUGUGCCUUUUGUUUUCUAAAUAAUGGUAUUGUGCCAGUUGUAAGGAGCCAGUAUUAUUUGCCUUGCUCUAUGGCUUGCUUCCAGGCUUCUAGGUUCUCUUUCUUAGGUUUUAACAGAGAGUUAGCUGGUCUGUGAUAAAGGUUGCAAUCUUGUCUCGUGGAUGUUUGUGAAUGUUCAACUGAAAAGACAUUGUGUUAAAGCACUAAUAGAAUGGAGAGUUGCCUAGAAUACCUUUUUCUUUCUUUCUCCUCUGAUGGUGCUAACCCUUUUUUUCUUCUCAAUCUUUUCCUUUUUUGUCAUUCUUUUGUUUCAUAAUCUUUCUCCUAGUGGCAUCACUGACAAAGUGUUCUGAAGUUUUGAACUGUAUGACAGUUGAAACCUUGAAGUUAUCCUCUGAAACAGAAUUGGUUUUAAAACAACAUUUUAUGUAGAAUGCUUUAAUUUCCAGUUUUAGUGCCCAAUUGCUAAAGAGGUUCUACAUACUCUUAUUCAAUGUGAGCCUGAAUAUGCCUAUGUGCUCAUCAUCUAGCCCAAUUGGUUGUCUCAUAGAGACGAGUGUCUUAGCUAUAGGACUACUAGUAUCAUUGGGCUUUAUUUACUAAUAAAAUAUUAUGUGAUGUUCUUCUAACAUACUGUCAAUGGGUGAUUUGGGUAGAUAGUGGGGUGGUGUCUCUUGCUUUUUCCUUUUUCUUCUUUCCUCUGCAAUGUCUAUUGACAUAGG